UCAGGGAGGGAAAAAGAAAAAAACAAAAAAGAAAAAGAAAAGGAAAAGGGCCGAUUGUUCCACUCGUUAAAGGGAGAGAGGGACGAGGGAUCCAUUGAGAUUUUAGUCCCUUCUUCAAUCAAAAGCUGAAGGAACGAAGAAACAGAGAGUCUCUGUUGGACUCAGAUGAUUUCACCAUGAUUACUCGAUUCUGCUUCACUUCCCAGAGACGGAAGGAACAAAGAAGGGAAGAUUUGGGUAUUUGGAUUUUUUGGGUUUGGUCUGGUAAUGGCUGAUGGGGAAAACGAAGUUGAAAACAGGAUGAUGGAUCUGAAUUUGUAUCUGGGUUUACCUCGUUCACCACGGCGAGCAGAAUCUGAUCUUGGGUCUGAUCUUGCCCUUGGCUCCUUACCAACCCUCCCGGUUGAAGGCGAAAUUCGUGGCUCAAUAAUGAUGUCUGGUUAUUCAGAGGCCUCUGAUUCACAUGCUCCAUAUUCACCAUCUCAUGCAUCUUAUUCCUCUAACCCUCAGCGAGUUGAACCUUUAUUAGACCCUAAUGAGAAUGAGAAUUCGAAUUCUCCUUUGGAGUAUUCUGAUUACUUCCCGCAUCCACCAGCUCAUCCAAGUGGUGCACAGUCAAUGGAACCUCGUGAUGAACCUAUUGAGUAUAAUCCUUACUCUCCAUCAUAUAUCCCUGUUUCGCCUGCUGUAGAAGCUGGGCUAGAACCUCAAAUUGAUGAUUUUAUGGAGCCGAUUGAUCAUGCAUCUUACUCUCCUAUCCAUGUGCCAGCCUCGGCCUCACCCUCACCUGCACCUGUCGAGCAUGACAGUGAAACCAUGGAUGAUCAUGAGGAUGGCAACCCUAUUGAGUAUGUCCGGUACUCCCCAUCUUACACUCCGGCAUCAUUUUCACCACCUCGUGGCCCUGAUGAAGCGCAGGUUCAAGUUCAUGGUGGUGCAUUACGUGAGGGGAUGGGGUUUGUUGCAUAUCAAGCUGCCCCACAAACAAGGGAAUCUUUGCAGCGAGAGCUUCUUCAAUAUCCACAGGUUCGUUUUCGGAGAUUGAUUGAGUCAAGCCGGCGAUGGCGGCUCCGGAGGAUCAGGUCGUCAAUUCCAUACAGGUUGGGUACUGAUUUGGGUGCCUUUUCCUCAGGGAGCCAGCCUUUUGAUGAUGAGGCAGCACCUGAAAGAUCUCCUGUUGAAGAUAACUGUGGUGCACAGAAAAUAAGCUUGGAAGGUCAUGUUUCUGAGGAUGUGGAAGAGGGAAAAGAACAGUGUAGUGUUGGUGCUAAUUUUGACUGCAAUAUCUGUUUGGAUGUUGCUAAGGAGCCAGUGGUUACUUCCUGUGGUCAUUUAUUUUGUUGGCCGUGUUUAUAUCAAUGGCUGCAUCUUCAUAGUGAUCAUAAAGAAUGUCCUGUGUGCAAAGGGGAGGUAAUAGAGCCGAAGAUAAUUCCUAUUUAUGGUCGGGGGAGCUGUGAAAUGGGGGCUGAAAAGAAGAGGCAGGGGCAGGAAGAUGGUGAUUUAGGUUUGAAGGUACCUCCUAGGCCUCGUGGACAUAGGUUCGAGAGUUUGAGGCAGCGGAUGCGGAGACCUCUUCUACGGAGAUCCGUGGAAGAACUUGCAUCACUGAGAGUAAUACAGGAUGAAGAAACACAAAAUGAAAAUAUAGUUGAUAGGCAGAAUGAGCCACUUUUGAAUGGGAUUUUUGAUGCAGCUAACCGUCGAGUCAUCACUCGGUUGAUGGAAGUUCAGAGACUGCCAAGGGCAGAGAACUUACACAGUGUAUUGAACUUGUGGGGAAGUGGAUCAUCUAGAAAUGCUACUGAGAUGGAUUCAAACCACACACAGGGUGGUAACUCAUCCCCCCAUCAGUUUCAUGGAGGAAGGCCCAGAAGUUCUGUACCUGCUUUUGCACGGCAUGGGAUUAGUUCUUUGCCCCAACAUCCUUUCUUCAGUUUUACUCCUGAUAGAUUGGCUGCUAUAGCUGCUGAUGUUUCUAGUGUGAUGGGGAGAAUGGGAAACAGUGGUAACCAUUCUGGAGCCUCGACAUCGGCGAGCCCUCAGGUUCCCAAUCUUGUUAAUAUUCAGGGCCUUCCUCGAGAGGCAGUUGCAGCUUCAGAUCAAGCCUCUGCUUCAAGUACAAUGGCUGUGAUACAGGGUGAUGCUCAUGCAGAGCCAAAUAGAGCAGAUUCUUCCCAUACCCCUAGAAGGCGGAGAAGAAAUAGUGUGUCGGGUUCCUUAGAUGUAGAUGGAGGAGUUCAUCAUGCAUGCAAAAGGAGACGACUAAACUAACUUAAUAACAAAACAACUUUUAAAUAAAAUUCUAUCUUUUUUUUCACUCUUGAUAUGGGUAUGUUGAAUCCCUUGUGGAGCAUAUAUACUAUAAUUUUAGUUUCAAUUUAUAUUGUGGUACCUUUUUUUUUUUAUCAUUA